AUGUCAGCAUCACCACCUGAGCGAAAGUCUGCAAGGAUUUGUGGUCUCAAGCGUGGACUUUUCCUGCUCUUGCUGGUUGCUGCUCUGUCAGCAGCAAUAGCACUUGGUGUUGGAUUAGGCGUGGGACUUGGGACGAAGCGCAAGAAUGAAUUGCUUGCUCAGGUGACAAAAAAUACCACGACGCCUGGCAACUCGUCCGAUUACUUGGUCGGCGGUGCUCUUGAUCCUGCUUACUACUCGUUGGAAGGUGCUUUCAAUGGUAGUGGUUUGGCACUAGCAUCUCAGUCGUUUGGAUCCGGCGAAUAUGGUGAGCUUGUUUUGUACUUCCAACAUCAUUCUGGGUCAAUCAGAUGGCAAAGAUUGACACCAAACAAUGGCUGGCUGGGUGGAAGUGCGUCUGAGGUCGUCGCAACAGAUGCUAAGAAUAGCACACCCUUGAGUGCAGUAGCUUACAGUCUCAAUGGGAUAUCUACAUGGCAUCUUUUCUACGUUGAUAACAGCAAUCGUCUUCGCGAGAAGAUCAACAGUAAUGCAACAAACAUAUGGGAAGAAGGGUCGUUGACUGGAGAGAAUCACUUAGUCCUAGACGCCGACCAAGUGGGGAUGCAAGCAUGCUGGUAUGGGAACGACUAUGGAGAUGUCGACUACAAACACAGUCCUUUGCCAGACCAAGACAAUAGCACAGCCAACAGCACCACAGACUCCGGCACAGAUGUCGGCAUGCAUCUCUGGUAUGCCUCUGGUGAUACUACGUUCCAACAAUUAGGCUGGCGGCAUGGUGACAAGAACUGGACAUACCAGCAAGAGUGGGAUGAUAAAAAUGGACAUGCAGGCGUUGGCUGCUACUCCUGGGGUAAAGGCACAACUACAUACGUCAUGAUGGUGAAUUCUCACAACACGGCAGAGAUCUGGUGGAAAGAUACUAACAUCAAUGCCACUUCCACCUCCGCCCACCCUAUCAACCAGUGGACAAACAGCUCAGUGGCUAUAAACAACGUCCAUCCAUCAACCUCUCUUGGCUAUACGAAUGCCUUCUAUGCUCAAGGUAUGGACGGCUGGAUUACAGGAUAUGAUAUGGUCUGGACUUCUGAGAACACCACCAUUAACGGCAGCUUUAAAGUGGACCUCAGACAGGGGAUACCCGGGACUCAUCUGAGCGUGACUACACUGCCAGACCAAAGUGGCGGGGACAGUCUGUGUGUUUUCUACCAGACAGAAGGAAGUGAUAUCAUGUUUGCGACCAGGGAUCUUGUCCAAGGUGCUUGGACAGCAGCAGCAUUGGUAGUACCAGAUUCCUGA